CAAUAAUAAUUUAGAGAGUAAUUUAUACAUUAUUUCAUUCCUGAGGGAUUAGAGUAACUGAUAAUUUUGCUAUGGAUGAUUGAUAGACACACUCUCAUUCUCGUAUAUUUCACUUCUUCGAUACGCUUCAAUGUCGUUGUUCAAAGUAUUUUAAAGACGAAGUUCUCAUCGUGCAAGUGUUACAGUGGAUGUCCGUUCUUGCCAACUUACCACAUUGAAGAAGAAUGACAACAUUCAAGAAAUUGAAAAUACGUAGAAAGAGUAUAGAUUUUUAUCAAUUCCUCCGAAUGUUCCUUAUUGCGAUUUGAAUUGAAUCAAAUCGAACUACAUCCAAAUUAUUGACUAUGUGAUAUUUAUGUAUAUAAAUCUUCUCUUCAACUGCAUCCAUGUCCACUCCACCAUCGGGUACAACCCUACCGUAAAUAAUUUAUUUUAUUUCUUGCUAAGUAUUUUCUUUUAUUUGCUUAGGUUUAUUACUACAAAUUGAGUAAAAAAAAUUGAAGAACUCUGAUGUAAAAGAAUUUGCUAUCAUGAUAGACUAUUCAUGAAGGAAACUGGAUGACUUGGUUGUCAUUAAAGUACAAUACAAGAAAACUGUUGGCUAUUGAGAAUGCUCAAUGAAUGUACAUUUUUUUCAUGAUGACGUUUCGACCUUAUUCACGAAAGCUCCAACGCAAAAUGUAGAAAAUCCUACGGUCGAACAGAAGGUCAGUUUGAAGACGAACCAUUCACUAUUAAUCAUCAGAGACUAUAAAUCUCAUUAUACUUACAUGUCAGUUAAACGUCAUGAAAUACUCUGAAAAGUCUAUUCGAAUAAUUCAACAAAUAUAUUAAAAUAAUUUUUGUCGUUCACAGAACUGUUUUCUUUCCUUAUUUCAUCUGGAUGAUCAACAAUUAGGUAAAAAAAAAGAAUACUCGAAAAACGUGUGCGUAUAAUUGGAUUCUGAUCAAUGAAUGAGAUUUCGUUUUUGCUAUCCUGCCCAAGAAUAGUAUUACUGUUGAUACUGCGGAAAUGUUGAGCGAAACACUGAACGUUAGCAAUCUUAUUUCAGUCAAAUUUGACAACAACAUGGUAAAUAAAAAUAAUAAAUCUUUAUUUAUCGGUAAUUUUGGCAUGGAUUUCGGUUGUACUAUUCUUAAUAAAUUGUAAUAUCUUUAAUGGAAAUAUUAACAGGUAAAGAUCAAGGAAUUAUAUUUCUACUUUUAUUUGUAUACAGAAAAUUUUAUUCGUGUAUCCCAUGAACAAUACGAGCAAUGACUCAUAGCUUGUUUAAAUGAAAACAGUAAUCUAUGAUUGUCAGAUUGCUUAUAUUUUUGGUUUGCUUUUCAGCACCAUUUAGACUAAUUUAUGAUCAUUUUGAAAACAAAAUGAAUGAUUUUAUUUCCGAUAUGUUGUGAAUUUUUGGACUUAUUGAAAGAAUUUCUGAUGUGAAAGGUCAAGAAGUAAUAUAGAAAUAGUAACAAAGUUCAAUGUUGAAUUCUUUGUCUAUCUCAAGUGAAAGAGAAAAAAAAAAGAGUUGAUAGUGAGUAUGUUUCUUCCUGUUUAUCCUUCGUCUGUAUCAGAAACGUGACCUUUUGACCGAGUACGCUUGUUCUUCUCUCAUUCUUUCACUGACAUUUGUGUUUUAUAGCUUUUUUUUUUCUAUUAUUCUUUUUCUUGUUCGAUCUCUAAUAAAGAAAAGACGAGAGCAUCUUUACUUACAUUCUCAUUUUAUUCUUCAUAUUGUCGACACACAGAAGAAGAACAACUAGUACAUUAUUAAAAUAA